AUGCUUUGCGAUCAAAAUCCAGGGCAAGCAAAGAGGAAUCGUAGUGAAGAUGAAAGAAAGGGAAAGAAAAAAUGGAAAGAAAGAGAAAGAGAAGAAAAAGAAGUAGAAAUAGAAGAUGGACUGGAAGAGGAACAGGAAAAAGAAGAGAAAAAUGAAGAACAAUAUCCCCAGAAAAGAAUAGUCAGCAAACCCCUCAUGGACACUCUCUGGGCAAACUUUAAGUUAAACAAAUGCCCCACAAUAGGAGAUAUCCGAUCACUUGCAUUUGAAUUUAACAUGACAGUAAAACAGAUAAAGCAAUGGUUUAGUAAAAGGAGGAAGAAAUACAAUAAAGAUAUGUACAAGCAGAAACCUAAAAAAAGACCCAAAAGAUGCUGA